AUGCUGACGGCGGUCUGCGGCUCCCUGGGAUCCCAGCCCUCGGACGCGCCCCGCGCCUCCCCGACCCACCUGGACCUGCAGCCGCUCCAGCCCUUCCAGCCGCACGCCCCCGCCGCCCCGGGAGCCCCCGACUUCGCCUCCCCGCUGCCCCCCCCGGAGCUGCCGCUGCCGGGGCCCGACGACUCCGCCUUCGCCGCCCCCGGCGCCUACGAGCCCCAUGGCCCCCCGAGGUUAGAGCUGCCCCCCGACGGCCCCGCCGCCCCCGGCGCCUACGCCAAGCUGCUGCCGGCCCCCCCGGACAUGGCGCACCCCUACGAGCCCUGGUUUCGGCCCCCCCACCCCGGAGCCCCCGGCGAGGAAGGAGGGGGAGUCAACUGGUGGGACCUCCACGCCGGGGCCAGCUGGAUGGAGCUGCCCCCCGGGCAGGGCGGGGGGCUGCAGGUGCCCGCGCACCCCGGGCUGCCGCCGGCCCUGGGGGGGUACGGCCCCGGGGGGGAGCACCAGCUCUGCGCGCCCCCCGCCCACCUCCUGCCGCCGCCGGCGCAGCAUCUCCUGGGCGCCGAGGGGGCGAAGGCGCUGGAGGGUCCCCCGGAGCCGCGGGGGCCGGAGGCGGAGGGCGGGGGGCGUCCCAAAGGCGCCCGGCGGGCCGUGCCCAGGGGCGGGGGGCAGGCGGCCUGUCGCUGCCCCAACUGCCAGGAGGCCGAGAGGGGCGGCCCGUGCCCCGAGGGGGCGAAGCGCAAGCACCUGCACAACUGCCACAUCCCGGGCUGCGGGAAGGCGUACGCCAAGACCUCCCACCUGAAAGCCCACCUGCGCUGGCACAGCGGCGACCGGCCCUUCGUGUGCAACUGGCUCUUCUGCGGCAAGCGCUUCACCCGCUCCGACGAGCUCCAGCGGCACCUCCAGACCCACACCGGCGCCAAGAAGUUCGCCUGCCCCGUCUGCGGCCGCGUCUUCAUGCGCAGCGACCACCUGGGCAAGCACAUGAAGACCCACGACGGGGGCAAGGACGGGGCCGAGCCCGAGGGGAAGGGCGCCGGGGACCCGUCGGCCGCCAAGGGAGGAGGCAAGAGGGAGCCCGAGGGGGGCAACGCCGCCGCCCCCACAAACUGAGCCGCUGAGCCCCGGGGGGGGGGAC